CCAUCUCCGCCUCCGUUUAAAACCUCCUCUCCCAAGUCCGACCCAAUCCACCCGCACCCCAACCACCUCCCCAGCUUCACCAAGUCCCACUCUGCGCCGGUCAGUAACCGUCCUCUGGAUUCGAUCUCGCUCGCUCCCCAUAGGCGCCGGCGAGGUGACCCAGUCGAUCCGUACGCAUGGAAAAGAAGCUCCCGCUGCAGCUUGUGCACGGCGGCGAGGCCCUGUGGGCGCGGCCCUGGCGCUGGGCCAAGACGGCCUUCUUCCUCGUCUCCAUGCUCGCCUCCCUGCUCCUCGUCUGCGCGCCGCCGCUCCUCAUCGUCCUCCUCGACCUCCUCCUCCCGCCCGCCCUCCUCUCCAACUUCCUCCGCGACGCCGCCGCCUCCCAAACCCACUCCAUCCUCGACCAGGCCCGGGGGUUCGGGUUCCGCUCCUCCCUCGUCGACCUGCCCGCCGUCUCCGCCGCCCGCUCCCUCCUCAUCCUCUGCGCGUACACGGCGUGCGGGGGCGGCGCGGCCUACCUGUGGGUGGCGGCGGCCUGCAGCGUCGGCUCCCUGCUCUACGUCCUCGCCAAGGCCGUCGCCGUCUUCGGCCUCGACCCCGCCCACGGCGCCACGAGCCUCCAGCUGCACGGCAACGGCCAGCUCGCAGCCGUCCAGGCCAUGUUCCUCAUGUCGCUGGCCCUCGCCGCAGCGCACCUCGCCAUGGCGUGCCGGGCCAGCAGCCGCGAGCGGCGCCGGCUGCACGUCGUAUACAGGAUCGACAUCGAGGCGGUGAGGUUAAAGGGAGCCCAUACGCCCAAGUCUCUGAAGCAAUGUAUUGUAUGACGACCAUCUAUCUGGUUCCGAUCAACACAUCCUCCAGCCGGAUUGAAGUGGAAUCUGAAGUUACGACGUGCUUCUCUGCUUCCUCCGGUCUCAAAUUUUGGUUCGAGUAGUCAUGUACACUCCAACACGACACGCCCCGUGUAUAUUGUCACUUACACUCCCUCUCCCAAGUGGACAUAGUGAUAGUAGUGUGAUGAUGCUGUAAAUAUGGAAUGGAACAUUUGUGCUUCGGCCUCCUGCAAGUAGGAUGAGCCGUCUGGCAGAUGCUUUGCUUGUCUUUUGUUUUCUGUUGCUGUUUUAUUUGACCUGGAUGACGCCGAAGAAGGUGUAUUCCUUGUGCAUA